CAUUCUAUUAUUUCUUUAUUAUUCAGCAAAUGGACCAAUCUUUAGAGGAUCCUGGGCCUCCUGGGUCUUUUGACACUGGACAACUGACCAAAACUGUACUUGUUAGUAUCUAUAAAGACAAUACAGAAACAUGCAAAAAGAUCUUCCACAUCAGUGAUGCCCCACAACUUUUGACAUUCUGUUACUCAGAAUUCUCCCAUCCUGUUCAGUUGGAACGUUUUUUUAAAUAUAACGAAGACUUCAAUGACUACAUUGACUGUGACAUCACCACAGCUGUGCAAGACUAUGACAAAUUUCAAGUUUAUGUGGCCACUGAAAUCCACCUACAGAUCAUCAAUGUUCAGCAUACCCAGACUGAAAGUACUCAGUAAUUCCUUAUUAGGCCGAAGACUCACUGCCGUUACAGUCGUUCCUGACCAGGAAGGCACCUGAUACAACAGCUGAAUUUGAGCGCACAGGGGUGUUAUCUACAGAAGGAAGGAAAAAGAUCAUCACUGUUUGCAUCGGUGAUCUCGUGGCAAAACAUGGAUUGUAAGUUUGUCAUGUUUUAAGAACAGAAAACCUGAAUCCAUCUGUAACUAUUACACUGUUUUGAAUUUUUUUCUCAGGAGCGGGGCCUGGCAUAUAGGCUAAAUUAAGACCCAUUGAGUUAGCUAAUAUAAGUCAGGUUAUCCGUACCUUGAUUUCAAGAUAUAGCUAUAAUUAGUUGUCCAUGAAUAUCAAUAGAGAUUAAUGUUAAUCUGGUGCGGACUGGGGCGAAAAAAUGGCCCAACAAUUUGUCCCACAUCAGCCCACUCAGAAAGAAACAUUUGUUGGUGCCUCUGGGACUUUAGAGAAUUUUAUUCCUUAAUUCUUGAGAAUUUUAUGCAAGUAAAGUACAUGACUCUGUUCUGCUAGCCCUCAUCGCUGCUGUCUUUGAGGUCUUUCACUCAUGUCAGGGCUAGUGCUGGUUUCUGAAAAUCUUUACUCCAGUAAAAUGAAAAUUACUCCUAUAAAAAAACACUGAAGUAAAAGUAAAAAAUUACCAUUUCACAAACCUACUCAAGUAAAAGCAGAAACGUGCAGAUAUCUUCUCUUUUUGGAAUAAGCGUACCAUCUGCUGUGCAUCAGUUUCGCUUUGCUUUACUUGUUUUUUAGCCCUGCUCUAAUUUUGUUAUUUCUGUUUAAUACAAUUCUUUUACUUCUUUAAAUCUACAUAGAGUUAUCAGUAAGAUCAGUAGUAGUAGGUUAAGCCUACAUAUAGAGGCCAGCAGGACUGUUGUGUAAUCUCUUCGUAUUGGUAUUAAACAAAUAGCAACCAAGCAAAUUAGAGAAAAAUAAAUAACUUCUAUCAAAACAAAGCAAUGCUCUGUGCAACGAGAGGAUUCUGCAAAUUUAGGCUAUCAGUAUCAAUCCAGUGAGAAUCUGCCUUUUUUUUCAAUUUGUGUUCUGCUAAGUCUGAGGAUGCAGUGUCAGUCACCAGUCAUGCUGCUAUAUUUGCUGCAAAGAUGUACUCUUUUUCUAAUGUAACAUUAAGUGAUGUACAAAGAAGUGUAAGUUGCACUAAAGAACUUUUGGACAGGACAUCUACCACUGCUUUGCUCAAAAGCUUAGCUGUUCCAGAUGACAACGAGGGGUUCGUUCAUUAAUGAAAGAGUUUGAGACUGCAAGAGAGUCCCUUGAGAAUAUAGGUAACCCUUAUAAAAUGUCUAAAUUCUUUGAAACUGAGUACUCUCUUCUUAAGCCAACCGAGAUCUUCUUAGGCCACAGAGCUGAAACUAUAAGAAAAAAUGGUAUUCCACAACAAACACUUGCAGCUGAUACAUUUCAGUAUAUUUCCAUCCUUGAAACUCUAAAAUUAAUCUUUAAUAAUGAGAAAUUUCAGACCCUGUAUUUGCAGUCUCAUAGAAGUACAGAUGGAAAGAUGCGUGACUAUUGUGAUGGUGCUCAUUUUGCUAGACAUGAACUAUACAAAACACAUCCCGAUGCUCUACAGAUUCAGCUAUACUUUGAUGAUCUGGAGACAGUUAAUCCUCUUGGGUCAAAAACAAAGAUUCAUAAAAUGGGAGCAGUGUAUUUUUCAUUGAGAAACCUACCCCCUGAGUAUAAUUCAAGCUUGGCAAACAUUCACCUUUGCCUUCUAUUCAAUGCUAUUGACAGAGAAAAAUAUGGCUUUGCAAAGAUUUUUCAGCCUCUCUUAGAUGACAUAAAAAUCCUAAAGAGUCAAGGCAUUGACAUUAAGAUAAGAGAAGAAACACACACAGUACACGGAACGAUCUGCCUUUUUACUGCUGACAAUCUUGCUUGUCAUGCGCUGUGUGGCUACGCAGAAAGUUUUUCUGCUAACAGGUUCUGCCAUAUUUGCCUUGUUGAUAAAACAACUUCACAAAGUGUGUUUAAUGAAGAUGAUCUUGAAAAGAGAGACAGACACAAUUACCAGCAGCAUGUUGUGUUGAAUGAUGUCACUGUUACAGGGAUCAAACAAGACUCGUGCUUGAAUACUUUGGAAUACUUUCAUGUAACUGAAAAUGUAGGGGUUGACAUAAUGCAUGAUGUGCUUGAGGGUGUUGCACCUUUGGAAGUAAAACUUUUACUUCGACACUACAUUUUUGAAGAAAAGCUGUUGUGCCUGGAACAGCUGAAUGAAAGGAUAGCCAGCUAUGACUAUGGGUAUUCAAACACAAAAAACAAACCAAGUGAAAUCCUUAACCUGAAAUCUGAGACAGCCAUCAAACAAACAGCAGCACAGAUGUGGUGUCUCAUACAAAACUUGCCUCUUCUUUUGGGGGACAUUGUCAGUCCUGAAAGUCUGCACUGGCAGUUGUUCAUUUUGUUAUGAGAAAUAUGUAGCAUUAUAUUUGCUCCUGUUGUAACCAGAGGUCUUGCAGUGUUCCUGAAACAGCUUAUCAUAGAUCAUCAUAAGAACUGAGCUGAGAACAGAGACGGUUUAUGUGUCAAACACAGUUGGUGUAGGUGGACAUACAUACAGAACAGGGAGCAUUCUGAUGUUGUCAGCUAGUUCAGAAAAGGAAUCAAUCUUUGGAGAAGUUGUUCAUUUAUUCCCAAAGGUGGACAGAAACACUGUGACUUUUUUAAGGAUAGUUAAUGUUAAAUAUUUUGAUGAUCACUUUUACUCAUAUGCUGUGGAAAAGAUGGAGGAGUACAAACUUGUUAAAAUUCCUUCUGGUGUGUCAGAUUCCCAACCCCUAGAUAUUCAGACACAUUUUUUAGAUGAUCAGAUCUACAUCAAUCCAAGAUACAUAGUUUUGAAAUAAGUACAAUGAUGUAGAAGGUGUGGUUAUGUCAUUUUGCCCAAUGAAAUUGGAAAAUAUCUGUUCUAUUCAAUUCAAUUCAAUUUUAUUUGU